GGCUGGGAAUUCAACGUUAUACCAUAUGUCAUCAGUCCUAUAUCAUCUGUCUUAGUUGGCUGGCUUAUAGAGAAAUUGAUUCAGAAAGGCUAUAAUUUAUUGUUGAUCAGGAAGUGUUCCGAGGCAGCUUCACAGUAUGUCCGAGUGCUUCUUUUAACACUGAUUGCCAACCUGCACAGCUAUGAGGGAGUAUUGUUUUGUGUUGUUUUGUGCUUUGGAGUUGGACCAUUCCAUACAGCUGGUGUUCAUAUGAAUCCAAUGGACAUUGCCCCUCAGCAUGCCGGAACUGUUUUUGGAUUUAUGAAUUCUGUUGGAGCUCUGCCUGGAAUCAUUGGUGUAUAUACCACUGGAUACAUACUAGAAACGACCAACAGCUGGAAGCUAGUCUUCUAUGGAACAGCAUUCCUCAACUUCAUAGGUUGCUCACUAUUUUUAAUGUGGGGAAGGGUUUCACCCAUCAUAUCAUCCCCAACAAUAAAUUCUGCAGGCCCUGACCUCUAAUUAGUUGGUUAUUCAGUGUAGAGCUAAGAAAUGAACUAUUUUAAUUCUCUUGUUCUUCCAAGGGAAAGCUAUCCAUAUCACCACUUGACAACAGAAAGUCUUCCACAUCAACAACAUACAACAGAAAGUCUUCCAACAUCAACAACUUACAACAGAAGGUCUUUUCACGUGUCGCAGUAUUUUAUCAAGUUAUUUUCAAAUUUUAAUUAAUCUACUUUUGUUUGUUAUACCAAUUAAUAUAGCAUAAAAUCA